UUGGCUUUGUUUUUAUUGUUUUAUUUAAAUGAAUUUUCGCUGUAAUGAGUUUUUGAAUUAUUGGAGUAUUAAUUAAUUCGUUUUAUUAACUGUCUUCUCGCGUGAUUUUGCACGUUGUUUCGUGUAUUGGAUGCAUUUUCUGAACUUCCCCUCUUGCGUCUGUAGUAGAUAGAUACGUGGAAGUUGAAUUCUUUGGAGGUAUAUAUAUAUAUAGCUAUCGUGUACCUUUUUUGUUGCUUACAAUUAUCAUUUUUUGGAUCCAGAUUCGCUCCAAACUUAAGAUUUGUCUAGGAAAAAUGGCUAAAGGGACCACAGGACGACGUAGGAUUGGUUCUCGACGAUGCAGGGCCACACCAUACCCUUUGCCAUCUGCAGAUCAUUGUGAACAUGUGCACCAAAAGAAAUGUUCUAAAAUCUUUGAGAAGAAAGACUGGGAAGAUGCAACUUGUUCCGUAUGCAUGGAAUAUCCCCAUAAUGCUGUGCUGCUCCUGUGUUCCUCUCAUGACAAAGGUUGCCGCCCCUACAUGUGCGGAACUAGCUUACGCUAUUCAAACUGCCUCGAUCAGUACAAGAAAGCCUACACUAAAGAAACACUGCCAGAUGACAAUCAAUCUAUGCAGGGUCCUACUGAUACUCCAACUGCGGGCGUGUUUUCUACUUUGCCUUCUGAGAAAAGCGAGGUCAUUGAAGUUGCAUGCCCGCUAUGUAGAGGCCAAGUGAAGGGAUGGACUGUGGUUGAACCUGCAAGAGAAUAUCUGAAUAUGAAGACACGUAGCUGCAUGCAGGAUGAUUGCUCAUUUGUUGGAAGCUACAAGGAGAUGCGAAAACAUGUUAAGGCAGAGCACCCCUCUGCCAGGCCACGUGAGGUAGAUCCUCUUCUUGAACAAAAAUGGAGAAGGCUUGAGCGGGAACGAGAGAGGGAUGAUGUUAUCAGCACUAUAACUUCUUCAAUGCCAGGGGCUGUGGUAUUUGGUGAUUACGUGAUAGAAGGAAGUCAUUAUGGUUUUGAUUCGGAGGAUGAAGAGGGUUUUGAUGUGAAUGCGAUGAAUGGGAAUGAAGGUUUUGGAGUGGGAAUCGAUCGCAAUUUGAUGAAUAUGUUUCUGUUUUUGCAGGCUUUUGGUUCUGCAGGGAACAUUGCGUCAAAUCGGGUUAUGAGGCGGCAUGACAGAGAAAUAAGUGACACUUUGGAUAGAGGUGCUGGUAGAAUUGAGCGAAACCUCCCGAGCGGUGGUUUUGAGUACUCUGAUGCAGACAGUGACAAUAGCGGGGAUGAUAAUGAUGAUAGUGGCAUAUCGCUAGUUGGGCGUCUUCGUCGUGAAGGUAGGGUCCUUUUGGGGCGUUCUGGGAGGAGACGAAGACGUAGAGAGGCCAAUGCGGGUCGGAGAUAGAUGUAUUUUGUGUAUGUUUCAAAAUUGUGAAAAAGAAAUAAUUUAGGGCUUAGUUUAGGAUUUAACUGUGCUCUAACAUUCUCAUGCACAUCUGCCUCUGAUUGAUGUUUGAUACAUUGUAGAUUGUAGGACAUCGCUCAGAAUUAUUGGCUGGCACUUAAAGAAAGAUCAGUUUCUCUGUAAUUUGUAGUCUGUAAUUUCCUUACUCUGCCUGGACAUUUAUAUGUCAAUUCUUGUAUGAAUGCAAUUUCUGAUGUACAUUUUAAU